CGGAGGCGGGGGGGGCGGGCCGGGCCGACGAGGCCGCGCCAGGAAAGGUGUGCGCUGAGCCGGCGACGGCGGAGGAGGAGUCGGCGCAGCGGCUCAAGCGGCGGCGCGGCGCAAAGGGGGCGGGCCGGGCGCAGGCGCACGACGAGCGCGACUACGACCCGGUCGACCAGUCGGGAGGCGCCCGCACGCACGACUUUGGCGCGUCGCGCGUCGACCGCUUCGAGGGCCAUGGCUCCUUUUACCCAAAGCCAAUCUCGCUCGACCCGCGGCUGCACGCGCCGAUUGUGCCGCAGCCAUCGCGCGAAAGCUCGCGCGUGCUCACGCCUGUCGACACGAACCGCGCAGCCGCCACCCCGUCGAAGCGUUCGACGAGGGCGAGUGCGCGCAGCCGCGCGGCCGCUUGAACGGGCGCGCGGCGAGGCGAGGCGGGCGUUUUGGUGCUGCGAGGGCGGCCAGACCCUCAUGCCUCAAGACAGACCGGACCGUGUGCGUGGCAGAUCUCAGACCCCCGUGUGAACGCAUGAACAGAUGACGAAUCGAUGAGCAUGUAAUUGUGCCUGUCCGGCCUGUGACGGGUGACUGCCGUGUUGCAGCAUGUGUGGCGCCCGGUAUUACACGUAUUUUUACAAAUACAUCUACAUUC